AGAUAGUGUAUCGACUUAGAACUAUGUCUACGUUGCUUCAUCCACGGUCAUUGAUUUGAAUGAUUUUCUCUAUUGAACGUGACCUUCAGCGUUCAGCUUUUAUAUCUCCACUUAUAGAAACACCAACAUCACAUCAUGCCAUCACUAGGUAUUAAUAUUACAACGUCACUACUAACAUCUUCACUACUAACAUCGGAACGAAUGCAAUAACUACACAGGCGUAUAUCCCCUUUGUUUAGUGAAGCGCAUAACUCUUCUGAAGAUAUUCUUUUCUUCGUAGUAACAAAGAAGACGUGUUAAAAUGUUUGGUGUAUUUUCACUCUUGUGGAGAAAUAUAAAUACAUUAUUAAACAAGAUUGAUCUGAGUGGAAGGUACUGUGUUUUAUGGACAGUCUACGCGUUGUGGUUAUUUAUAGACAAGCCUAGACGUUUUAAUGAUACUGAUUAGAGAACAUAGGACUGAGAGUGGUGGCCAGUGCUGGCAUUUCUGAAAAGUCCUGAUAUCUGUAGACUCUGCUGUGGUUAAUAGAGGAAAGUAUUUACAGUAGAAGACAAGAAGGGGAGCAGAGAGAAGUUGGGACCUUAAUGAACAGUCCUGACUGGAAGUCCUCACAAAACCAUCUAAAGUGUAGGGGUGGCCCUCCACCUCAGUGAAAACAGCCAAUGGAUUAAAACAUAUGCCAUAUCAAUGGGAGCUCGUUCGAAAGUCUAUAAUUCAUUCAUGAAUAUCGAAAGUCCUUCAACCUGGAAAGUGGUCAAAUGCAAAGGGAACUUUUGUCCCAACUUCUUCCGACAUCCCAUUCUUGAUUUCUGGAACUAUCUUCCAAUUGAUGAGGUGAAACUGGUGAUUUAUAAAAAACAAGCUGCUGUCGUAACCAUAAUAUUUGAUGGACGAAAUACAACCCUUGAAAGCUGGUUCUCUCAUGCAAACUUGAAAAGUUCACCCUGGAACGAUCUAGCUUCAUCCACCAACUUUCAUUUCUCAAUGAACGGACUUGGUGAAAUACGUCGCUUCCAUAUAGCAAAAAGCGGUCAAUGUCCAACAGCGAAUGGCUGGUUGGUUAUCGAUGAGGUUCCACCUUCCUGUUCGUUUGGUUACAAAGCUCAUUCUCCUUCAAUCCGUUAUUCUCAUAAAAACAAGAAAGUCGUAUGGAACAAAGGUUAUGCAUUAGCAGAUUCCUUGGCCAUAUUCAUCCGCCUGAGGCAGUAGAACUAACCCAGCACAUGAUAUCCAUUGAUACUACUGAUGUUGUUGUUAACGUCCAUCCAAUCCAGCUGACCACCACCAAUGAUCC